AUGGCACCGGGCGGCGGGCGCCGCAGCUGGCUUCUGACGGGCGCGUCCUCCACAACUCUCCUGCGCGUGACUCCGAACUCCAUGGAGGCACAACAGGGAAUUCGUGGACGUAUAUCAAUCAAGGUACCUUAUAAGUAUCCACUAUCCACUAUCCCCUAUCCACCGUCCACGACUCAUCAUGGACUUCAUGGGAAUGUGCGAGGCUGCAAAUGGUAUAGUUGGUACUCUUGUAAUUCUGCAACCAGCAUCAGUGACAUGUUAUCAUUCGGGCGAUCCUGGUCCGAAGGCAUGGUCCAGGACGACCUGCUCAAUGUCAAAGCUGAAUCAAAUCGAAGAUACAAUUUCGAGCAUGUUUCCAAGGCUUUCGUCCAUCUGCUGGACGUCGUUGCAUGA